GGUCUCCAGGCCCGGGCCCCUCCAAGCGCGGUGCGCGGCCAGGGCCCUCCCCGGGCCCGCUGGCCUCUCCACCUCUUCGGCCUCCGGACCGCGGCCUCCUCUAACACCUUCGGGCACCGCAGCCCCCUGGCCGGCGGCCGCGCGCCCUUAAGUGUCUGCAAGGCCGCAGGGUCACGGUCCGCACCAGGGCGGAGCCUCGGGCAAGCGUUUGUGCGUGGAUGCGGAUGCGUGAGGAGCGCGGAGUGGCCGCGGCAGCCGCGAAUUCUCCACCCAGGCUGCGUACAGUAGCACGCAGCGGCGGGGGCGCGCGGGCCAAUUCCAGGAGCCCGAGGCCGCGAGCCGCGCCCUGGCUGAUACCGGAAAGGCCUGUGAUUGGCCAGCGUCCGCCCCUAUGCAAACGAGCUGAGGGAAUGGAAUUCCUUGGGCCGGGCUUACAGUAAAAGCACGUUCAUUUCCAGGCACUCUCAUUCAUAGAGCCAGCGGGCUCAGGCGGGACGGGCGCCCCACGGCGGGACCCAACCAGGGUACCACGCUGCCCGGCCCUGUGCCGGCAGGCACCUCUUCCCGGGGCUCCUGGGGACGCCGGAAGCAAGUCAACCGUUGCUGUUUCUCCUGUGCCUACGUUGGAACUUCGAUUUUUUUUUCUUUCUUGUGAAUGAACUGGUUCCUUGUGGCUGGAUGGUUCAACUUCUUUUCUGACUGUGAACUUUUGUUUCCUUUGACAACUGCAAAAGAAAGUGCGCUGUGCUUCGAGGCAAACCGUGAAGUUGUGUGUGCGUGGCAGUGUGCGUGGGAGUGUGUGCCUGCGUGUGUAACUCGAGCCACCCGGUCUCUUUUGAUCUGCGCUGCGGAGCCUCCUGCAAGGCCCGCUCCACCUGCUGCGGUCAGGUGGUGAUCGUGGGUAUUAGCGCGAAGAAGCAGUUAACCGGCCGGCUCCGGGACGACGCUGGAGCAAGAUCUCGUUCCUGCCCAAGACGGGGCUGACUCAUGGAGUCGAAGUAGACAGUGGCUGGUAUCGAAAGAGCGCGUGUCUGCGUGCGUGUGAUUCCGCUGCUGCUCAACUCCCACCAAACCACAGGAUCAGCCACAAACUUAACCAACAUCCCCAAACCCGAGUUUUCAGAUGUGUUGAACUGUACUCUGUGUCAUCUACUUGGACUUCUUUUUAAAUUGGCUUUUCUUUUGAAAAGCUGAAUUUUCUGAAUGAUCAUUUUGCCAGAAUUUAUUGAGAGAAUAUGACAAGUAUUUCUAGCCCAGCCCUUCUUCAACUACUGAAGCUGAUUUUCAAGGCUACUUAAAAAAAAAAAUUCUGGAGCGAACAUUAAUGGAUUUCUUUUGUGUUUAAAUUCUCUACAGAUCGUAUUGUAAAUAUUUUAUGAAGUAGAGCAUAUAUGUGCACAUACAUUAGGAGCACGAUCUUUGGAAGUCUCAGCUCUUGGUUUUGAGGACCGAAGCCAGUUUUGCAUGGUAAUAGUGACGCUGUAUAUGGAACACACUCGUAUAUUUUGUGUUGUGUUGGGACUUUAGACAAAAUUCACCUGGAAAAAAAAACUGACAGGCGAUUGACUACUGGAACUUCCAAAUUAUGUAUUUUCUGGUCCUUUUGCUCUCCGCAUACAUAUUUUAGGAAGUGUAUGGGAAUUGUAACCGCCAAAGAUUGAACUUAAAACUUUCAAAGCAAGAUUCAGACGAUAGUCUCUCUUGGCAUUUGACUGUGGAUUCUGGUCGCCCACUUUUAAAAGCACUAAGCGGUCGGUUGCUAGGAGCCCUGCCCUGGUCUGAGGCGGAUCGGCUGAAUAGAACUUUCCCCUUCCUGGACUGUUAGGAACUUAGACCCCACACCUCCCCUAAUCCUCUCCCUCUCCGCAGCAAUAAAGGCCCCUGAACUUGUAUGUUGGUCUCCCGGGAGCUACUUGCUGAAGAUUCGCGCCCCUGUCGCCGUGUGGUAGGAGCUGUUUGCAAGGUCCUAACUCAAUCGGCUUGUUGUGAUGCGUAUCCCCGUAGAUGCCAGCACGAGCCGCCGCUUCACGCCGCCUUCCACCGCGCUGAGCCCGGGCAAGAUGAGCGAGGCGCUGCCGCUGGGCGCCCCGGACGCCGGCGCCGCCCUGGCCGGCAAGCUGAGGAGCGGCGACCGCAGCAUGGUGGAGGUGCUGGCUGACCACCCCGGCGAACUGGUGCGCACCGACAGCCCCAACUUCCUCUGCUCGGUGCUGCCCACGCACUGGCGCUGCAACAAGACCCUGCCCAUCGCUUUCAAGGUGGUGGCUCUGGGGGAUGUUCCAGAUGGUACCCUGGUCACUGUAAUGGCAGGCAACGAUGAAAACUACUCAGCCGAACUGAGAAACGCUACCGCGGCCAUGAAAAACCAAGUCGCGAGAUUCAAUGACCUCAGGUUUGUCGGUCGGAGUGGAAGAGGGAAAAGCUUCACUCUGACGAUCACCGUCUUCACAAACCCACCACAAGUUGCCACUUAUCACAGAGCCAUCAAAAUCACAGUGGAUGGACCCCGAGAACCUCGAAGACAUCGUCAGAAACUAGAUGAUCAGACCAAGCCUGGGAGCUUGUCCUUUUCCGAGCGGCUCAGUGAACUGGAGCACCUGCGUCGCACAGCCAUGAGGGUCAGCCCACACCACCCAGCCCCCACACCCACCCCUCGGGCCUCCUUGAACCACUCCACUGCCUUUAACCCUCAGCCUCAGAGUCAGAUGCAGGCGGCGCCCGACCUGACGGCCUUCGGUGACCCACGCCAAUUCUCCGCGCUACCCUCCAUCUCAGACCCUCGCAUGCACUACCCCGGCGCCUUCACCUACUCCCCGACGCCCGUCACGACGGGCAUCGGCAUCGGCAUGUCGGCCAUGAGCUCGGCCACACGCUACCACACGUACCUGCCGCCGCCCUACCCGGGCUCGUCGCAGGCGCAGGGCGGCCCCUUCCAGGCCAGCUCGCCCUCCUACCACCUCUACUACGGCGCCUCGGCUGGCUCCUACCAGUUCUCCAUGGUCGGCGGCGAGCGGUCGCCGCCGCGCAUCCUGCCGCCCUGCACCAACGCCUCCACCGGUUCGGCGCUGCUCAACCCCAGCCUCCCGAGCCAGAGCGACGUGGUGGAGGCCGAGGGCAGCCACAGCAACUCCCCCACCAACAUGGCGCCGGCCGCGCGCCUCGAGGAGGCCGUGUGGCGGCCCUACUGAGGCGGCGAGGCGGGCCGGCCGCCGGACCUCGGCCUGGGGCGCGGCCCGCGACCUGCGCCUGCGCCCUUCCCAGGCCGGCCUCGAGUCGCCCGCGCCCCGCCGGCCCGCGCCCUGCGCAGCUGCCGCCGGCCAGUCUCAGAUUGUUCAAACCUGGCACAACUUGAGGGUGUCCGCUUCGCCACCACGUGGACACGUUGUAAGGCAAACAGGAAGAUUCCCACAGGGAAACUGUGAAUGCUUCUGAUUUAGCAAUGCUGUGAAUAAAAGAAAGAUUUUAUACCCUUGACUUCGCUUUUUAGACAACUUGUUUAUUCCAAAAAGUGUAGAAUUGGGGUUUGGGUGGGGGCGAGGGGUGCAACUCAUCCUGUUUGGCAUCUAAUUCAUAUUUUUAAUUAUUUUCUUUUCCAGCACCUUAUAAAUUGCAAAAUGCGUAUUUGCAUUUGGGGUGAUUUUUAUUUUUAUAUAUAUAAAUUUGAGCUUGCUUCUUUCUUGCUUUGACAAUUGAAAGAAAAAUUUCCUUUUCUGCAAGUUUUAUUUAACUUUUGGACUUUGUGUAGUUGUUUUUUGAGAAACAGCUACAGCUUUGGGUCAUUUUCAACUACUGUAUUCCCACAAGGAAUCCCUAGAUAUUUAUGUAUCUUGAUGUUUGGACACUUACUUAUGUGUUGAUACUUUUUUUAUUAUUUAAAUGUACUUAUAUUAAGAAGAAAAAUAUCAAGUACUACAUUUUUUGUUUUUGAUAGUAGCCAAAGUUAAAUGUAUCACAUUGAAGAAGGCUGGAAAAAAAAAUGAUGAGUAAUGUGAUCACUUGGUUAUCUAAAUAUUGUUUACAUUAAACUCCCUUUCAUGUUAAUCAAACGAGUUGGUAGCUAACGCAGCAAUGUUUUUAAUAGGUUCUUUAGAUACUGAGGGUCACUCCAAAGAUCUGAAGUAUGGAAUUUUCUGCCAAGCUCAACAAAGGGUCUCAUAUCUGACUCCCUCCCUUCAGAGAAGGUCAAAUCUGGUUCCACAGGGGUCAGGUAGAUGCCAAUGAUUGCACCUCUGGAGAGGAUUUGUUUUCUGCCUAGAGGUUUGCUCACUCCAUGGCAUCUUGAUAAUUUCAAACAUGCUUUGUAACAGAACAAAUCCAAAGAAAGCCCUGUGGAGAAGCAGUAUCCACAUGGAAAUGAAUGAAUUUAGGGGUUUCAUAACUGCUCAAUUCUGUGAUAGGAAGAUCAUCUGAACCCAGAGUUCAGGGUUUUUUUCUAGCUCCAAGAAAAUAUUCCUCUUUGAUACAGUACCUGUUCACUGAUGCAGAACAGAACUUAUGGCUGUCCCCCAAAGCUGGAAGGGAAGGAACUAGACCAGAUGCCUUGGAUGGCCAAAGGUCUCCAGCUGCAUGGUCAUGGGGCAGGUCCAGAAGCAGGCCUGAACAAGCCAGUUCCCCUCUGUGUGCCUCAGUGGAGUCACACGGGAGAGCACGGUCUCACCUGUGCAGGCCCCCGCCCCGUGCUGCUCGUGUGUCACCCAUCUUUGCCUUGCUGUCACCAGGCUGAGCCCCUACCCUGUGGGAUAUGUGCACUUUUCCCGUGCAUCCACAUGACAGGAAAGAUUUAUGUCAGUGCUGCCCAUGGUUACAGUUCAAAAGUAUCCUAUGUCACUGUACAUUUUAUGGCACUAGUUUUACUGGGGAAUUUGGUCAGAAUGCAGUUGUUGUACAACUCGUGAAUACUAACUGCUGAUUUUGACAUGUGUGCUCAAAAUGAUCUGGUUGUUAUUUAAUGUACCUCUUAAAUUAGUUGAAACAAUUUCAGGUCAACUCUGAAGAGUAUUUGAAAGCAGGACUUCAGAACAGUGUUUGAUUUUUAUUUUAUAAACUUAAGGAUUCAGAUUAGAAAGAUCUUUGGCUGCAGGCAGCAAAACAGCUGGACUUAAUUUAAAACAACUUGUGUUGAAUUUUCUUAUAUAUAUAUAUAUAUAUAUAUAUAUUAUUUGUUUUACACAGAUGCAGUAGCACUUUGGUAAAAGUUAACGAGUAAAGCAGUUUGUGUUGUCAGGGUCAUUCUUAUCUAGGAAAGACCUAAAGCAGAUCUUGGAAAAACUCAGAAUAUAUUAGUUUUCAUUUUGGACAUAAUUCUCCCUCCACAAUUCAAUUUCAGGUUUUAUUCUGUAUUACAUUUGUGUGGCAGAAAUUACCCUUAAAUGUCAGUAAGUUUAAACAUUUGAUUUCUGAAAAGGACCACUAGCCCAUUUACCCCAGUUGAACCGAAAUGUUCUUUUCAGCACAUGUUGCCGUAGCUGACCUGACAAAAAUGUUAGAGGAAGAAAUGAAGGAAAAAAAAUGUAUAUUUUUCAGUUUGAUUCUGGUACCUGAAAAUAUUUCAACUCAAAACCAGCCUAAUGCCCUGCAGGGGAAAUCAGGUAAUAUCUCACAUUGGAUCGUCACUCUCAAAUCCAUGUUCGAGAAGAGCUUAGCUGCAGAUCUACUGGUUUGGCCAUUCAGUUUCCCUGACCCUUACUAGCAUAUAUAGUGUUUAGAUGUUCCAGAAAAAAAAAAAAAAAAAGAAAAAGAAACUUUAGCUGUUAUGGAGUUGGGUCUCACAUCACAUUUAAUGCAUUCUUUAUUCCUGAAGAAUUACAUUCAUUGCCUUCAGAUGAACUAAGGCAGUGCUUUCAUCAGGGAGACCCUUAAGCCAACAAUGUGAUAACUGGACAGAUCUGGGAACAUUGAUCCAAGAAAAGAAAGAUUAAGCCAUUUCUACUGCUUAUUCAUGCCCUUAUUUAUAAUUUCAACAUGACACAUAUUUUAGUUUUUUGUUUUUCUUACUAUAUUUCUGCUAUUUCUCUUCUGUUACUUAUAUUUCUUUUAUCACACAUUUCUUUCUCUCCACUCCCCUAAUAUCUUCCUUUUUCUCUCUUCCCUUCUCUCCUUCAUUCUCCCGUUUUGUGUAAGGAGCUAGCACCCCAGCCACCCACCCACCCAACACCCAAUGUCCACAACAUGAGGAGCUUGGCAUCUCCUCCCUUUACAAAAGGAACAUGGUGAGUCAGCCUUUCUCCUGCUUGCGGGUUUCUUCCAACUGAACAGACAUUGCCAACCAUUCUGGAUCUGCUUGCUGUCCAAGUGCGGCAACAGAAGCCUUCCCAGGCAAAUUAUAAUCCGUGAGUUAAUAGACAGCCUUCUGCUGCCUAGGGUUUCCAUGCAGAUAAACAGAAAUGCUCUGAUUAAAGGAAAUGAAUGGUUUCACUCAAAUGUCCUACAAUUUAGGAUUGCAGAUUUCUGGCUCAAAAUACCUGUUUCCUUGGGACCUUGCGUCCUGGUGAUUGUUUUGGUGGCUUUCAUUUUCUGGGGGCAUGACAUGUUUGGGGUCUUUUAUACAUGAAAAAUCAGCUUAACAAUAAUCUCAGAAAACUAUUUUUUUUUUUACAUCUGAACAAAAUGCUUUUUUGUUUACCUACAGUAUACAAUUGUUUGGGUUGUUUGUUUGUCUGUGUGUUUAUUUGGAGUUUCCCCCUCUCUUUAGCCAGAUUGAUGAGGCUGAUCAUUUGGCAUUUUUUUUUUCCUUCCAGAAGAGUUGCAUCAAGGAAGUUAAUUGUAUUUAUGUGUGUAAAUAGAUUUUAAGCUUCAUUAUAAAAUAUUGUUAAUACCUAUAGUAAUGUUUUCUCAAUUUUUGUGUUUCCAAGGACUUUUUCUUACAUUCACUAAAUACUGUAGACAAAAAAAAAAAAUGCUUCUUUCUACUUUGUUUAUUUUAGACUUAAAAUGAGCUACUUUUUAUUCACUUUUGUAAAGCGCUAAUAGCAUGGUUCCCUUUUUUUUUUUAAGUUCACUCUUUGUUUUAAGGGAAAUGAAUGUGCAAAAAAAAAAACUCUUGGUUAUUUGUGCUAUUCUGGAUGUAUAAAAAUCAAUGGAAAAAAAUAAACUUCCAAAUUGAAAUGACA